CAUUCCCUCUUCGGCUCUGAGCAAGGUGCCCCCAUGGCAGGUUCUUCUGCCCCCACAGGGAAAUCCCAGACCCAGCUGUGAGCAUUCUCACAGGCUUCCCUUGACAACGUCACCAAAGGAGCUCUUGGAAUUGUCUGUGACACUUUGGAAUCGUUCGUGGCUUCCUGGUUUGAGCAAGACUUCAGCUGCGAAUAUUCUGAAAUCUUGGCACUUCCCAAUGUCGAUCCCUCUAACAGGCAGAGCUCUCAGUCUGCAACCGCAUGAAAGCUGAAUUAGAGCUUGGCAAGGCAUGUCAGCCAGCAGCCUGUCCCAAGCAGUUGGAAGGAGAGCUGUCCCUCGGAGCACCUCCGAGCUCCUUCUCGCUGACGAGGCGGCAGAGGAAGACCUGACUCCUCCUGCAGCAGCUUCGGUGCUGCAGACGAACACCCGGCGGCCGCCGCCUCCUCUGCACCCUCCCCUGCCUGCCGGCCCCGGCCCCGGCCCCGGGCCCCGGAGCGGGCCCCGCGGCAGCCCCGCCGCCUGCCCCGGCUCCGCGGAGGAAGAGGCGUAGCCCCGGCCGCCGCCUUUCAGUUGCGGCCUCCCCGCGCAGCCGCAGCCCGAGCCGCCGGCCCGGAGCGCUGGCCGGAGGCCCGCCGCGCUGCCAUGGCGCCGAGGCGGUGCCGGGGCCUGGCUGCGGCGGGCUCCCUGCUGCUCUGCGCCCUGCUCCGCGCCGCCGCCGACAGCAGCACGGGCCGAAGUUGGUUAAAAACUUAUGGCUACUUGCUUCCGUCUGACAGCCAGAUGUCUGCCUUGCAGGCGGGAAAAGCUGUGCAGUCUGCAGUGGCCACUAUGCAACAAUUCUAUGGGAUCCCAGUAACAGGAGUUUUGGACCAGACAACUCUGGAGUGGAUGAAGAAGCCUCGAUGUGGAGUUCCAGAUCAUCCGCACCUAGGCCGUAGCCGGAGGAAAAAGCGUUAUGCACUAACUGGACAAAAAUGGAGGCAGAAACAUAUAACCUACAGUGUACACAACUAUACCCCCAAGGUCGGAGAGCUUGAUACAAGGAGAGCCAUUCGUCAGGCAUUUGAUGUUUGGCAGAGAGUGACACCACUUACCUUUGAAGAGGUCCCUUACCAUGAAAUUAAAAAUGACAGGAAGGAGGCAGAUAUUAUGAUUUUUUUUGCUUCUGGUUUCCAUGGAGACAGUUCUCCAUUUGAUGGAGAAGGUGGAUUCCUAGCUCAUGCAUACUUUCCUGGACCAGGCAUAGGAGGAGAUACUCACUUCGAUUCAGAUGAGCCAUGGACCCUGGGAAAUUCUAACCACGAUGCAAACCUGGAGUUGAAUUAUAAGAUCCUCCCUAUCAUCUGCUUGUUGUGUGGCAUGCAGGUGGGAACGUGCCCAAGUUCACCCACUUCAGCUUCCUCAGUAAACAACCCCAGCUGACAAGUUAUUCGUGGAGCCACUGUGGUGUAACUCAACUUCACAUCACAUUUGAUCAUUUUGCAGUUCACAGGAUGCACGUUCAGCAUCCUUUCUUCCAGGUACUCUCCCAGCUUCACACCUGCAUCAAGUUCUCUUUUGAAAGCGUAGGAUAACCACCGCUUCAUAUUCAGCGAGACUGGAUGUGACCGACUCUAACUAUUGGCAGGAAAUGCUGGUCUUUGGUAACAGGAAGCAAACAGAUUUUGCAAUCAUUACAAUAAACAUGUUCCUAUGGAUCCCAGUGGUUUUCCUCUAGAGGCUUCUCUGGAAGCUUCCUGUUAAAGCCUUCCGAAGACAAGCCAGACUAGUGUCAGCGUUUACAAGCCACUGCCAGAACUGAUACAGGAGAUGAGAUUUCCUGGGUCUCAUUUGGUGACAAAUCAAUGUAGAAGCUAUUGAGAAAAUUCUGGAGGAGAAGGACCUGAUCCAGCUCCCAGAAAGGCUUCUGUUAGCAACGGCGAACUGGACAGACUUCCUUGUGUGAUUCCACACAAGAACUAGCACUGUUCCAGGAAAUAACUCUUUGGACAGCAGAGCAAGCACUUCUAAAGCCACUAUCUGGACAUCACAUUUGUUCAGCAGAUUUUUCAGGGCAGCCAGAAGCCAUCAAAGCUGGUGAAUGUAAAUGUUCAGCAGGGAUCUCAAGGAACAAGUUCCGGUUAGAGUAGCUAAUUUUGGAGCAAAAUCUUGCUGAUGGAUAGACGACUGUACUGUCUGCUUGCAGCCCAGUUACCUGAAUUGUACAGUGAAUUCCACCAGAGAAGCUGAUCAGUCAUCGUAGCCACUCAUAUGGAAAAAAUGUUCCAUUUAGUGUGUGAAUUACAAAAGUGAAGUGAAGAGAGAAAGCCCACCAGCACACAUGGAAGACUUCUGUCUACAAAUUCUUCUUCGUACUGGACAGCAUCUCUAUUGAAGAGCUGUUUUUCACAUCCCUUGCUUGAUACAAUCAAAUGGUAGAGCAAUAUCACCACUUCUUCAGGGUCUUUAUGUGCAAGACUGAAAGCUUUUCUCAAGCAGAGCAUGUUGUGGAGGUGAAUGGAGGAGCACAAGACAGAUUGCAUGUUCUUCUGUUUGACAGUUCAGACCUAACAGGUCAGGUCUGUAGAUGGAAGUACCAAAGCAUAGCUUAGAGUAGCCCUAAAGCUUCUUUAAGUUGUGCUUGGAAAACAGUUGCUGGACUUGAAAUUUAUUUUAAAAGCAUGUUAAGUUCAUGCCAUCUUUUCUGUAAUUACGGUAUGCAUGGUAUUGUCACAACCAAUGAUUUGACUUCUUCGGUAUUGUUUAU